AUGACGAAGAUCAAGAGAUUCAUGAAGCUGAGCAGGGCCGUCCGAGCCAGGGACCAUGGAUAUUCAGAAUCAGGAAACAUUUCUGAUUAUCUUCUAGCUUCUCCUGUGAGCCGAUUCGAACUCCCCCAAUCUCAAAAUGAAGGGUACAAUCCUGGCUUUUCUUGCCCUUUUGUCGGUGUCGGCUCCCGGAACUCGGAUGGUGACCUCUACAAAGGGUUUUGUCGGCCUCCUGGGCAUGAAAAGACCUUCGAGGAUGGCUACGAGGUCGCCUACUCUUGUGAUGUCGCAGGAAACUACGACAAUCUGAUCGAUAUUUCCGAAACCACUACCCCUGACGACUGUGCCAAGCUCUUAAUUGGCUCGGUAUUCAUGCGCCGAGACACCGCAGACGACGACAAGGAUGAUGGCAAGGAUGAGACCGAUGGCGACUUCGCGGCCGAGAAGGCGAUAGAAGGCGAAAUGUGA